GGGAAGCGCCAUCUUCCUUCUGUCCUCUCGCCUCCGCCUCCGCCUCCGCCUCCCUUCUCUAUUUAUCGCCGGCUGCUAGGGUUUUAUGGUUGCCGCCGCGACGCCUACCGAGCGCCACCGCCUCCAAGCCCCCCACCCUCAUCGCGCGCGUGCCCGGUCUGGACCUGUCCCCCUGGGUCAUCCAUCCAUCCGUUCGCCUGCUCCGGCGCGCAAGCAAGCCGCGCCACCGGGCGCCGGCCGUCCUCCGGUCCUCUCCCGACGCCGACUCCGCCCCUCCGUCCAGCUCCAACCUGCCAUCCGGCGGCAGCUUCUUCCAUCACAGCGACUACUGGGCCGGCGUGGAGGCCCCGAGCUUCGCGCUGCUGCCGGCGCUGGACCCAAACAUACUACUCCCGCGGCAAGGGUGUAUCAGUUGUAUUCCUUAACUCAGGAGCUCCAUUAAGAACUUGACAUAAUUCUUCAAAUGGAGUUCCAGAAGAGCUGCCUUCUGAUCACUUAUGCCCCGGAGAUCAUAGAUGGGGCACCUGUGUAUGUUUCAUCUAACUGUCUGCCUGUGAAAGCUUCAAAGUAUGAACCUGCUGGCCAUUCGUUCCAUGCUGCGGCAAUGAAGCUUCUUGGUCUUGGGGAGCAAGAAGACACGGAAACUGAUGAUUGCAGUGUUUCAUCGGACGACAAAAGCCAAGAUUUUAAUGCAGCUUCUGACACCUUUAGCAGCAAAGGGAAGAAGAAGUCUUCUGGCAGUCAGCAGCAGGAUCAUUAUGCAUUGCUUGGGUUGGGACACUUGCGGUUCUUGGCCACUGAAGAUCAGAUUAGGAAAAGCUACCGUGACAUGGCUCUUAAACAUCAUCCAGAUAAGCAGGCAGCUCUGCUUCUUGCAGAGACAACAGAGGAGGCCAAACAAACGAAAAAGGAUGAGAUAGAGAGCCAUUUCAAGGCCAUUCAGGAGGCCUAUGAAGUCCUCAUAGACCCUACAAAAAGGAGGAUUUAUGACUCAACCGAUGAAUUUGAUGAUGAUAUUCCAACAGACUGUGCCCCACAAGAUUUCUUCAAGGUUUUUGGCCCAGUUUUCAUGAGGAAUGGCCGCUGGUCUGUUACCCAGCCAAUUCCUUCUCUAGGAGACGAUGCUACUCCCUUAGAGGAAGUUGAUAAGUUCUACAAUUUCUGGUACAACUUCAGGAGUUGGAGAGAAUUUCCAGAUGAUGAUGAAUAUGACUUGGAGCAAGCUGAAUCUCGUGAACAUAGGAGAUGGAUGGAGAGGCAGAAUGCAAAGCUACAAGAGAAGGCCAAAAAGGCAGAGUAUGCACGAGUACGCACUCUUGUUGACAAUGCAUACAGGAAGGACCCAAGGAUCCAGAGAAGGAAGGAUGAGGAGAAAGCUGAGAAGCAGAGGAGAAAGGAGGCAAAGUAUUUGGCGAAAAAGUUGCAGGAGGAGGAAGCUGCAAGAGCAGCUGAAGAGGAAAAGAAAAGGAAAGAAGAGGAGGCUAAGAAAGUUGCAGAAGCUGCUCUCCAUCAAAAGAAGUUGAAGGAGAAAGAGAAAAAGCUGCUGCGCAAAGAGAAAACCCGUAUGCGAACUCUUGCAGCACCUGUAGUUACAGAGAACCGCUUUGGUCUGUCAGAAGCAGAUGUUGAGGCAGCAUGUGCAUCGCUUGAUUUUGAACAGCUCAAGAAACUCUGUGAUGGUAUGGAGGGUAAGGAAGCAGCUGAAAAGGCCAGGUUGCUGAGAGGUGCAUUGAACAAAGAAAGUUCCUCAAAGGAAGCAAAUGGUGUGGAGAGUUCUGCCCCAAAAUCUAAUCCUGCAGUAGAAAAGGUGCCCCAAGCCAAAGCCAGCAGCCUAUUGAACAACUAUGAGAAGAAAGAGAAACCAUGGGGAAAGGAAGAGGUUGAGAUGCUGAGGAAAGCAAUCCAAAAGUAUCCAAAGGGAACUUCGAGAAGGUGGGAGGUUGUUUCUGAGUUUAUUGGGACAGGUAGAUCUGUUGAAGAGAUCCUCAAGGCCACAAAAACUGUUCUUCUGCAGAAACCAGAUUCAGCGAAAGCUUUCGAUUCUUUCCUCGAGAAACGCAAACCAGCCCAAUCAAUCGCUUCGCCUCUUUCAACUCGAGAUGAAACAGUUGGGCCCUCGACUGAGGGAGCUGGGACUGCUUCAUCCAAGGCAUCCGCACAACCUGCUAGCAGUCAGGCAGCCAAUGAGAAAUCUGCUGCUGACCCUGUCCCAAAUGGAGCACCUUCUGUCACAGAUCCAGAUGCCUGGACAGAGACACAGGUGCUGGCUCUUGUACAAGCUUUGAAGGCCUUCCCAAAGGAUGCAAGCCAAAGAUGGGAGUGGGUGGCUGCUGCUGUCCCAGGUAAAACAGUAGUCCAGUGCAAGAAAAAGGUUGCUGCGAUGAGGGAGAACUUCCGGAGCAAGAAAAGCGGGGAGUAAUGCUUUGGGAGAAUAACCUCACUGGAAGUACAUUUUGGGGGCAGAUAGUCUCUGAACGGCAAUAUCUCAAACAUAUCGGCUGGUGGCUUUUGCGGAAGGUUUUGCUUGGCGAACCUCUUGCAUCACCAGCGGUGAGAAUAAUUUUGUGUUGGGGCCGUGACAGCUUUUGUUUAACCCGCCCGUGUCGGCAUUUUGCUUAGCAUUCAAGUUUGGGUCUGCCGCAGGAGGAUGUGCCAUUGAAGCUCAUCCACUGUUAAUGGGCUGAUGAUUGGCCUUUUGUUGCAGUUAUCUAAGCUUGCUGGGAGUUCGCAUUGGUGUAGUUUCAUAUGGUCUGGCCUGGCUGAGUAAAAAAUGUAGAGAACCACAUCUGUUAUUAUUUAUCAACUGAGAUAGAAAUAUUUGUUACAUCGUGAGACCUAUUAUUGAAGUGAGCAUUCGUUAAUGUCGCUAAUGCAUAAUUCCCCUGA